GCCCGCCUCGUUUCCCAGCAUCCCCCGCGGUAGCAGGCACUGACGUGGCCGCCGUCAGAGCCGCCAUCUUGUGGGAGCGAAACCAACGCCUGGCUCGGAGCAGCAGCAGCAGCAGCAGCCGCGGCCGCCCGGGGUUUCUCUGGCCAGUGUUGCUCCCACCAGUCUACAAAUAUGGGGAAUAUCUUUGCAAACCUCUUCAAAGGCCUUUUUGGCAAAAAAGAAAUGCGUAUUCUCAUGGUGGGCCUGGAUGCUGCAGGGAAGACCACCAUCCUGUACAAAUUGAAGUUGGGUGAAAUUGUGACCACCAUUCCUACUAUCGGCUUCAACGUAGAAACUGUGGAGUACAAGAACAUCAGUUUCACCGUGUGGGACGUGGGUGGCCAGGACAAGAUCCGGCCUCUGUGGCGCCACUACUUCCAGAACACACAAGGUCUGAUCUUUGUGGUUGACAGCAAUGACAGAGAGCGUGUGAACGAGGCCCGUGAGGAGCUCAUGAGGAUGUUGGCUGAAGAUGAGCUCAGGGAUGCCGUUCUGCUUGUGUUCGCUAAUAAGCAGGAUCUUCCUAAUGCCAUGAAUGCGGCUGAGAUCACGGACAAGCUGGGCCUGCACUCCCUGCGCCACAGGAACUGGUACAUUCAGGCCACCUGUGCCACCAGCGGGGAUGGGCUCUAUGAGGGACUGGACUGGCUGUCCAAUCAGCUCCGGAACCAGAAGUGAACCAGCACUCCUCCUCUCUCCCUCUCACCCCCUCUCCACCCUCGCUUUUCUCUCAUGUGGCAAACGUGCGCCCUGUGGUGUGAGUGCCAGAAGCUGUCUCCAUGGUUGGUCACAGUGUGCUUCACCAUGCUGUAAAUGUGCAGAUGCAGCCUGCAACCGGGUUUUUAUUUAAUGUAAAUAGUUUUUGUUCCCAAUGAGGCAGUUUCUGGUACUCCUAUGCAAUAUUACUCAGCUUUUUUUAUUGUAAAAAGAGAAUCAAUCCACUGUUUAGUACUGAGAGGGGAUUUUAGGCACACGUGGCCUCCAGGAGUUACUGUGUCAGAUGGGCCCGGUGCACCUUUUUCUGGGCUUUUAGACCUGUUGAGAUCCAUUUUGGUGUUGGUUUUUAACCCGAACUCAGUGCAUUUUUUAAAAAUAAUUAAAAAUACAAGAUAAGGAGAACACUUGAACACAGAAGGGAGAAAUGUGCCUAGUGUAGAUUCUGCAGUCGCUGCCUGAGUGUGGUCCUGUCACCCAUGAGGAACAGGAAACGAUCCAUUCUGCAUGGUCACAAUAGGGUCCCUGUGAUUUGCUCUGUCUCGGGUCAGAUCACCCCAUAUCCAUUGCGUUUGUGCUUGUAUUUGUGCUUAUACGGCCACCCAAGAGUUGGGUUGGGGGCUGCAGCCAGCCGCUCUCAACCCCCUUGGAGGGAUCCCAGGCUUCCUUUGGGACAGUGUGAGGUGCUUUGGCUGGAAAGCUCUGGCAGGAGUGGGAGUCUUGCUGCCCCCACACUCACUCUAGGCUGGCUGGGAUCUCACCAGUAAGAGUGUGGGUGGGUGGGCAGGGCUAGUCAUUCUAGAGCCACAGCCCCUCAGAGCACCCAGCUACAUGUGCUGUCACUCCCUCAGCCUGCAAGGGUCAAAUUUGCCAUCAAAAACGACGACCUCUACUUUUUUCUUUUGUAUUUUGAUAAACACUGAAGAAGCUGGAGCUGUUAAACUUUAUCUUGGGGAAAACCUCAGAACUGGUUCAUUUGGUGUCGUGGAACCUCUUACUGCUUUCAAUACACAAUUAGUAAUCAACUGUUUUGUAUACUUGUUUUCAGUUUUCAUUUCGACAAAUGAGCACUGUAAUUAUAGCUGUUAGAAUAAAAUCUCUUAACUAUU